UCACACCUCUGGACUCGUCUACCCGACGAGCUCUCACUAAUCACUAAUGGAGUACCGACAACUACAGCAAGGGUAUUCGCAGGCCAACUUUGCACUCGGUUAACCGUUAACUACGAGUCCCUUCAACUGCUGUAGCGUCAACCGACUCAUCCCCCCCUCCCCACGACUCCAGCCAACGGUUCUUCCGUCACGGACCACUAACAACGUACCAGCGGCAUAAUAUACGCACAGUCCUGGUCUCAACGCUAAAACAUGAAUAUGCAGUGAUAAAAAAUGUAUACUGGAAGUGUCAACUGAUAAGAUAAAAUAGAGAACUAACAAUUUAAAAAAGGUCAUUAUUUCUACUCUCUGAAGCCAAGUUGAUACGAUUCUGAAUUAUUCUGUCUGUAAAAUACUAUAGCACUACAAUGCAGAGUCUGGAUGAAACGAACCGAAAAGUAAUCAAUGAAUAUAAAAAAUUUAACGAGGAAGAUGAAAAAACGUGGAAGGGACCUUUCUACUUUGUUCAGGGUGCAGAUUGUCAAUUUGGCUUAAUAGCAAGGUAUUUGGAAAAGAAGGAAACACCCAACUGGGACAAAGAAAUUGCCCUUUCCAAAAAAUGCGUCGAACUGAUAAACUCACUAGAGCCAAAACCCAAGUUUUUUGUCAUCUGUGGUGAUCUCGCAGAUGCAUACCCUGAACCUGGAACUGCCACUAUUCGAGAAAAACAGGUCAUAGAUUUCCAUAAAAUUUUUGGCAGAGUGGACAAAUCGAUUCCAGUGGUUUGCCUCUGUGGAAAUCAUGAUGUAGGAGAACAACCAACUAUUGAAGCAGUCUCAACGUACAAGUCAGAUUUUGGAGAUGAUUACUUUUCAUUUUGGGCCGGUGGAGUUCUUUUCAUCUGUCUUAACAGUCAAUAUUUUGUAGACGGUAGCAAAAUACUGGACUUGGUGAAAAGUCAAAAUGAAUGGUUAGACGAACAACUUGAAUUGUCUAAAAAUUCAAAAAAUGGCGCUGUGAUUUUUCAACACAUAGCACCAUUUAUAGAUGACCCAGAAUGCGAAGAUACCUACUUUUGUCUGAAACGCAGUGUGAGAAAAUCACUCAUGGACAAAUGGCUAAAAGCAGGUGUACGUUAUGUCUUCUGUGGACACUGUCAUCACAACGCCGGCGGAAUGUACAAAUCGCUCGAAUGCAUCAUAACAACAGCAAUUGGAGGACAGAUUGGUGGGGAUUCUGCAGGGUUCAGAAUUGUUAAAGUUUAUGACAAUUCCAUUAAGCAUGAUUACUAUGCAUUUGAAAAUGUCCCUAAAAGUGUAAAACUAUAAUUAAAUCCAAUUUAAAUUGUUCAACAUUGCAAUGGUAGAACUGAUCUGUCUAUUCUGUCUUUGCUCAUCAGAUGCACUACAAUAUUUCAGCAUCUUUGAAACUUCAUUUAUUAAAGCCACAUUAACCCAUAAAAAGGGUAGAAAAAUUAUCAUGGUACAACUUCAAUUUAACUAAAAAUCUAAAUACAAACUAAUUUUAAACAUCAAUAUUUGUUAAACAUUCAUGAAUAAAUGCUUUUCUAUUAAA